AUGGAUCCCGCUUCCUUGUGUCGCAAGGAUACAACCAAGGGUCCUCCGUUGAGGAUCCUGUCGCUCGAUGGAGGCGGCGUUCGUGGCUACUCCAUGCUCAUCAUCCUUCAGGAACUCAUGUACCGCACUUACGUCGAAUGCGAGGGCAAGCCUCCGCGCCGCGACCAAAUUCCCAAGCCCUGCGACCACUUUGACUUGAUCGCCGGCACUGGAACGGGUGGCCUCAUCGCCCUGAUGCUCGGUCGCCUGCGUCUCGACCUCGAGACUUGCAAGGAAGUAUACGUCCGCAUGACUCGCAAAGUCUUCGAGACUGACAAGACGAUCGCGGGUAUCCCCUAUCGCUCGACGCUCUUCAAGGCCUCCAAACUCGAGGAGGCCAUUCGAGAAUGCGUGCGGGAACAUACAGUGUUCGAGGCCGAGGGAAAUGAUAUGCGUGAUUCCAACCCCCGCGCCUCCAUCUCCAGCCUGCCAUACAGCCCCGGCUCAAUUCCUCGGCGCUCUGUCAGCCGAGGUAGCUUCAGCACUGCCAACCCGUCAUACACAUCUCCGCCGGCGAGUCAAAGAGGCUCUACCUUUAUCAACGGGCUGCGUUGGGGCAAUCCAGAUGCACUGCUCUAUGAUAGCCGUGAAAAUCGGACCAAAACUGCUGUCACCGCUCUCUAUAAGGGUACCCCGCGUAACGGACCGGCCGUGCUCCUACGCUCCUACGACUCCCGCCGAGAGCCCCCGCCUGAAUUUGACUGUACUAUCUGGCAGGCUGGUCGUGCGACUUCCGCCACGGGGCUGGCUUUCAAACCUAUUCAGAUCGGCCAGCACAACUUCAUCGACGAAGGCCCCGGGACAUACAACCCCGCGCCGCAAAUUCUGGACGAAGCUGUCGUGAAUGAGUGGCCGGGCCGCGAGGUCGGCGUCUUUGUCAGUGUGGGCACCGGCAAGCGACCCUCAGGUACCAACAACCGACAGCACGAAUGGUGGGAGGACUUCUUCGGGGACGCGCUGGGCACUUUUGCGGAGGCGCGACGACGACUUAUUGCGAAGAUCGAAGGCUGCGAAGACAUUCAUCAUGACAUGCUUCGGGAAUAUCUUGCCAAGCGCAACGUGAGCAAAGACAACUACUACCGCUUUAACGUUGAGGUCGGGGUUGGCGAGUUCGGCAUGAACGAAUGGAACCGACUUGCAGACAUCAGCACCAACACGCGCAGAUACCUGUCGAAGCCUGAGGUCAAGAAGAUGAUUCUGGACGCGGGUGUGAAAUUCGCAAAGAUCGAGCGCAUGAACCGUCGCCUGGCGAAUCAUGCUGCCGCCGGGGGUGACCGGGAUGACUUGUCUUUCGACCUCGCAACCGAGGAGCUGUCAAUAUCGCCCCAUCCCCCGUCGUUAUCGGUGCCGCCUCCGUCGAAUCCCAUCGCCAUCGAGUUACCCGCCGAGCCCGUCGAGUAUCCACCACAUCCCCCGGCACAGGCGCCCCCCGUCCCGACUAACGUGACCAUGUCUGCGCCACCGGAUGACUCGCUGCCGGUUCACCCCACGCCGCAAGACAAUAUCUCACCAGCCCCUGGGCGGCAAUCCGGCACAACAGGGCUCCCCCGCCACAGCGGCGAGCAAUUCCCGCCUCCCAGCAUGCCGCCUCCCCUUCCCCCCAAGACACCCAUUCCCUACCCAUCUCAGGAAGAUGGCGGGGGCAUCUCCAUGCCCGCACCGUUAUUUGCCCCGCCUCCACCUCCGUCGACUGGCAAGGUCCGGCCCCCGUAUCCGGUGGAUGAGCCGCCGCCCGUGGUGAACCGGCAACGGAAGCCAAGUUAUCACGUCCGCUGA